CCUGAGCCCACAAUAGAAGCCGGAGGGACAGGGAAUAAGAAAAGAGAGAGGUUAAAGUAUACUUCCUCCAGGGCACCGCUUCCACCCUCCUUGGGUCCUUUCCUUUCCUCCCUUGUCUUCUCCGAUGGCGGACAUCGGCGACGACGGCGCUUCCACUCCGGCGAGCCCCGGAUCGCCACUCUUCGGCGGGCACAAGGCUGGCCGGGCCGUCGAUGGGUGGCGUUCGCUCCUCAACCACCGCAAUUGCUUCCGAGUUAAGCCAUGGACCAUCGACGACGAUGCCCCGAGCCCCCUGACAUCCCUUUCCCUUGCAAGAAAGGUAGGGGCUGAGUUCAUAGGCACUUUCAUGCUAGUCUUCGCCAGCACAGCCGCCGCAAUCAUCGAACACCAAUCCGGCGGUGCCGUCACCCUCUUUGGCGUCGCCGCCGCUUCCGGCCUCGCCGCCAUGCUUGUCAUCCUCUCAACCGGCCAUAUCUCCGGAGCUCAUCUCAAUCCAUCUGUCACCAUUGCCUUUGCCACCUUCAAACACUUCUCCUGGGAGCAGGUGUUGGUAUAUAUUGCAGCGCAAAUGUCUGCAUCACUCUGUGCAGCAUUUACACUGAAGGCAAUCUUUUAUCCUGUUCUGGGAGAAGGCGCAACGGUGCCGAGUGGUAGUGUGAGUGCAGCGUUUGUAAUGGAGUUUAUUAUAGGAUUCAAUCUCAUGUUCGUUACCACAGCAGUUGCAACCGAUUCUAGAGCUGUGGGGGAGCUUGCCGGGAUUGCGGUAGGAGCGACUGUCGCAAUGAACAAUCUCAUUGCCGGGAGGAUUAGUGGAGCAUCCAUGAACCCGGCGAGGACACUGGGCCCGGCGGUGGCGGCGAACAACUACAAGGCCAUAUGGGUGUAUUUCACGGCACCUAUCCUUGGGGCCCUUAUUGGGGCCGGAGCCUAUUCUGCUGUCAAGCUCCCAAAGGACGACGGUACACCAACAGCGCGAAGCUUCAGAAGGUAAUGACCACCAGAGGUGGUGGUUCUUGUCCAAAAGGAACAUGACACCGGCUUUGUCAGAGGCGCUGUAGCAUACCUAACUAUAUAUGUCCUCUCAUUUGGAUCAAAGUAAUUGUAAUUGAAGCAACGUAGUGGUUGCGUGGGUUACUUUAAGGUCCAUAUAUCUGUAGUUUAUGACACGCAAAAAGCAAAAAAGUAAUUAAAAAGGUUCACACAUUGGAGGGUCCCAUACGGUAUGGAUCCAAUAAGAAAUUUCCUGGGAAGGGCGGAGGUCGGAGAGUUGAAUGUUGUGGGAGAAUAUAUUGAUGCUGGUAUAUGCUUUGGUUUGGGAGUGGAAGCUUCUGUUUUCUUUUUUGUUCUCAGUGGGUUCCAACGAAGGCUUCGGUUAUUUAAAUGAUGGAAUGUGACUUUGAUAAAAUAUUUGUGUCUGUCGUAUUAAUAGAUGCCCUGAAAUAUUUGUUAACUUUA